UCAAGCCUCAUCAGUGUCCCUACUGUGCCUACAUCACUUCCAAUUAUGCUCACCUCAUGAGACAUGUCCGUACCCACACUGGGGAAAAGCCCUAUGCUUGUCCCUACUGUCCAUUCCGGGCUGCACAGAAGGAUAACCUAAAGAGACAUGUUCGUACUCACACUGGGGAGAAGCCCUUUGCCUGUGAUCAUUGUCCCUACACCUUCUCUGAGAAGAGCAACCUCAAGAAUCAUAUGCGAAGUCAUCAUAGUUAAGGUGAGAGUGGAAGGUCAGAGGCUGAGGACGCACAGGAGUGGACAGUCGGGAGGCCAGAGGAGCCACGGCGCCUCCAUGAAGGUGCACCAAUGCGAUCACUGCCCUUACUCAACUGUAGUCAAGUCCAACCUGAUAAGACAUGUGAGGAGCCACACUGGGGAGAAGCCCUUUUCAUGCCCUCAGUGUGUAUACACAACUACAAUUAAGGACAACCUGAAACGACAUGUCCUUACGCACACUGGAGAGAAGCCCUUUGCUUGUCCUUUCUGCUCCUACCGCUCCAUACAGAAGAUUCACCUCACCUCGCACCUCCGAACACAUUGCAACAGUGCUGGUGAUGCUUUUUUCAACACUGGACAGUGAUAUAUACUUAGUCAUUCCUUGUGAAAGUUGUAAACUUUCCUUUUGUCAAUAAUAUUUAGAUCUAUGUGAUGUGAUUUUUUCCAGUCCCAAAUAAGAUAGAAAUUAUAUAUAAUUACAUAGUGUUAUAUAUGUAUAACUAUAGACGUAUUUUCAGUCAGUAUCGUUUAGAUUUAGUUAUAUAUAAAUCAUAAAGCUUACCUCUUUUGGAAGACUUUAAAAAUAUUAUUACACAAAGAAAGAUUUUAUUCCAUUGUUUGUCUGUAGUAAUGACAGAAUUAAGAAUUACUCCUUAAGUUGGAAUGUCUCAACCAUUUUCACUCUCCUCAACUUCCUUUGAUGAAGGAUCCUCAUGCUCCCUCUUUUUUCCAGAUGAGAAUAGCCUUCACUACAGUAAUUGAGGCAUUUCAUCUUAUGUAACGUUCUGUUUUACUGAGUAUUAUAUGCUUCUGUAGAACAAUUUCUGCAUUUGUCAUUGAGCAAAGCUCAGCAACUCACUCCACUAUUCAUUAUUCUCUUCCAAUUAGUCUGUGUCUGGAUCAACUCUUUCCUACAGUGAUAUAUUGUAAGGCUUGUACCCAAAUGGAUGUUAGCAGUUUGUAUGCGUAGUUAUGUGUAUGUACUAUGUUAUUGUGCAUGGUAUAUAUAUAUACAUAUAUAUAUAUAUAUAUAUAUAUUUAUUAUCAAAAAUAUAUUUUUCUUUACAAUUUCCAGUACUAGUGAUGUAAUACUGUAUAUGCAUACCUGAAUAGAUAAGUUUUGCAUAAAUGAAUUCUUGUAUGGCAAUAAAACAUGAACUUAG